AGUAAGAAGUAUAGAAGAAGAGGAAGAAGAAGGUAUAAUAAAAAUGUCGGAGACUUUCAGAGUGUGCUUCUGUUGUAGCAGGAGCUUCAAGGAGAAAACGAGGCAGCCACCAGGGAGCAUAAAGAGACUCUUUGAAGCAUACUCAAGAAACGGGAAGAUGUCAUCCGAUGACCUUCUAAGGUUUGUGAGUGAAGUCCAAGGAGAAGGCCACGCAGGGAUGGACUACGUGCAGGAUAUCUUCAACAGCGUUAAACACCACAACGUGUUUCACAUACAUGGGUUUGUUCAUCUCAACGCCUUCUAUCGCUACCUAUUUAGCGAUACAAACUCUCCUCUUCCCUUGUCUCGCCAGGUGCACCAUGAUAUGAAGGCCCCGUUAUCGCAUUACUAUGUGUACACGGGACACAACUCUUACUUGACUGGGAACCAAGUGAACAGCAGAAGCAGCGUAGAGCCGAUCGUGCAGUCUCUGAGAAAAGGUGUAAAAGUGAUCGAGCUUGAUUUAUGGCCUAACCCUUCUGGAAACGCUGCUGAAGUUCGUCAUGGCAGGACGCUUACAUCGCAUGAGGAUUUGCAGAAAUGUCUCAACGCCAUAAAGGACAAUGCGUUUCAUGUGUCUGAUUAUCCAGUCAUAGUCACUCUCGAAGAUCAUUUGCCACCCAAUCUUCAAGGGAAAGUUGCUAAGAUGUUAACUAGAACAUUCAGAGGGAUGCUGUUCCGUUAUGACUCAGAGAGUUGUAAGCAUUUUCCAUCACCAGAAGAACUUAAGAAGAAGAUUCUGAUUUCUACAAAGCCUCCAAAGGAGUAUCUUGAGAGCCAAGCUAUUCAGUCCUCCUCCUCCUCAAGAAGAACUCCAAUAGAUAGAGCCACUUCCUGGAGCGGCAAUGCUAAUAUGUCAUGGAGAGGAGAAAGCAAGAUUCGUGAAGAUGAUGCAGAAGAAGAAGAGGAGGAGGAGAGUGAAGCUGUUGGAUAUAGAGACUUGAUCGCGAUUCAAGCUGGGAACUGCAAAAGCGGGUUGGAGGAUUGCUUGAGAGAUGAUCCAGAGAAGCCUCGAAGGAUAAGCGUGAAUGAGCAGUGGCUAGAGAAUGUGGUUAGAACCAGAGGAAGCGAUGUUGUAAGGUUUACACAGAGGAAUCUAAUGAGGAUAUAUCCAAAGGGAACAAGAGUGGACUCAUCAAAUUACGACCCUCAUGUGGGAUGGACACACGGUGCUCAAAUGGUUGCUUUUAACAUGCAAGGACAUGGGAAGCAACUAUGGAUAAUGCAAGGAAUGUUCAGAGCUAAUGGUGGAUGUGGCUACGUUAAAAAACCUGGCAUUCUGCUAGACACGAAGAGACUCUUUGACCCAAGCAAAAUGCUUCCCAUAAAGACCACUCUUAAGUUGAAAAUCUACACAGGCGAAGGAUGGGAUUUGGAUUUCCCUCAGACACACUUCGAUCAGUACUCUCCUCCUGAUUUCUUCGUCAAGGUUGGAAUUGCAGGAGUUCCCAGGGACACGGUCUCUUACAGAACCGAAACAGCAGUUGAUCAGUGGUUUCCUAUAUGGAGGGAAGAGUUUCUGUUUCAGCUCUCUGUUCCAGAGCUGGCACUUGUGUGGUUCAGAGUCCAAGAUUACGACAAUGACACCCAAAAUGAUUUCGCAGGACAGACAUGUCUUCCACUCCCUGAACUUAAGUCCGGAGUAAGAGCCGUCCGUCUUCAUGAUCGAGCAGGAAAGCCUUACAAGAACUCUAGGCUUCUCGUCAGCUUCUACUUUGACCCUCCUUUCACCUUCUGACUUUCUUGUUUUUCUCUUUCUUUCUCAGAUCAAUUUUCUUAAAAUAAGCAGAAGCUACUUGCAAUA